AGUCUUGCUACCGAAGUUUUAAGCAACUGGCAGACCCACCACAUUCCCAGGUGAAGCAACUAACUACUCUCAGAAGUCUUUUCCUUGUGGAGGUCUGUGCUGAACAGUGAUCAAGGGGCUGUUGGUUAUUGAAAAUGGAAGAAACAAGGAAGCUCUCUCCAAAGCUGUGUAAAAGCAAAGAACCUGUGAAAACAGAAUGGGGGUCUCAGAGUGUUGUAUUUACAUAUUUCCAAGGGGAUAUUAACAGUGUGGUAGAUGAACAUUUUUCUAGAGCUCUAAGCAAUGCCAAGAACCCACAAGACCUGAGCACAAAGCACAAGGGUGAAACUGUUGUCCUGAAGAAUGAUAGCCUGUCUCCCCAUCAAUGGAAUUUCUCUUCACAUUGCUCCAAACCAUAUCCGUCAUCUUCUGCUACAAGCAUGUCAAAUUCUGGUCUGAAUUUUUCUGCUGCUGGUAUGGCAGGCCAAUACCAGCCAUCAGCUCUGCGGAGUCAUCCAACUCAACCUGCAGAUUUAUGGCCCUUCCCUUCGAUUGGGACUCCCAGUCUUACCAGUUCGGUGUAUCAUCAUGCCUUGCCUGACCUGCACGCGGUAGAUGAACCGAUCUCUGACAGGAAAUACGGUUCUCUUCUUGGUCUUCUGCAACAGGAAAGGUGCCUAACAUCCAUGCAAGAAUGUACCAUGAAGCAACACUCAAGUUCUGCUUGUAUGACUGGACCUGCUAGGUUACAAAAUAUAAGUCAAAGUUCAGCUCCUGGGGGAGAGAGGAAAGCAGGCUCUUACCAAGGCUCAGAAAAUCCCAGUGUAAGCCAUGCCACUGCAGAUAUUCAGAUUCAUGACAGAAGACGAGAUUUGUACUUUUAGCAACUGGAAGUUUCUACUUUAUUCUGAAAGAGAAAGUUCUUGCUGUGAACUUGUAUUAUUUGCAACUGUGAAUCAAGAAGAAAUGAACUGCAGCUAUUCUGUGCUUUUUCUCUCAAUAGGAAGAACACAUGUACUAUUUACUAUUUGGGGAAUGAAAAAUCAUCUUUUUCUAUUCAGUAAAUAAUUUCUAAUA